GCCGCAAGCUACGCACUGUCUACUGCGGACUACAUGGAGCAGCAGCAACUCCAGAAUUCGCAGCAACAGCAGCAGCAACAGCGAGUAGUCCGCAGCUCAAGCACCAAAAAGACAGCACCGCGCGCCCAUAUAAUCGGGCAGCAACGGCGUUGGCAUGAAUAUGAUGUCGAUGGUCAGAAUGGCUCUGGCAGCGGGCAGAGCGAGCGAGAGACAUCGCCAUCGAUUCCGCUUAUGUUUGAGCAGCAGUGCCAGAACAUGAGCUUUGACAUAGAGGCGGCCUCGUCGGCACUGUCAGAAUCCAUGCUGUUAAGUGGGCCGACCAUGGGCAACCACACCAAUGCAUUCAUGCCAUGCUUUCGGAACACCACCAAGAACAGCAGCAACAGCAGCAAUGUCAGCAGUAGCGGCGACACAGUCUUUAAAAGUGCCUCGCCGGAUGCCAAUCGGGCAGACACUGUAGUUGGCUGGAUUGACUCUAACGACUUUAACUUCCUUGCCGAGCUCAUCAGCGUGUCAGGCGGUCAGGGCGGCGGUGUUAUCGAGUCUUGUAAUUUCAAUAGCAGCGUCAGCUCUGGAGGCAACAUGUCCUACAUUGCAGAAAGCAUGGUUGACACAGGCAAAUGUCCUAAUAUGUUUACGCUAGCCAACUCCGGUACUGACAUCCGCCAGAAUGCCAUGCAGCCAUCCGCCACUAGCCACCUGGACCAUACUCCAUCGCCGACAAAGACGCACACUGACAGCGAGACGCAAUUCAGGUCGGGGACAAAGGUCAGCGCUCCAUCAGCUGGCGGUGCGGAAUCUGCGCAUGGCUUGGCGUCACCGCUCGCGUUCGGAGCAGCGUUAUUUGGCAAAUCAAAGACGCCGUAUCUGCUGGAUGGCAGCAAUGGCUUCUAACAUGCGCAUUUGUAACGACACAAACAUGCUUGAACUUUGCCAUGUGCUAGCAUUUAUAAAUUUCUAGCUUGCUGCUGCGUACGUGCAAGCGUAUGCCAGCCUGCCUGACUGCAUAUUUAGUUUUCAUUAUUUUCUGUUUCUGUUUCCAGCAAUUUUAUAUACUAUUUUC